AUGGAGAAGGGAGGGCCACGCAAGGCAAAAAGCGCCGACGACCACAAGCAAGGCGCAGAGGCGGAGGAACAGAAGCCGGACACAAGGCAAGCCGAGACGAAAAGUGCAACAAAAGAAGACGUGCCACGAGACAGGACGGAGGUGAGCGAGAGCAAGGAGAGGCCACAUGCCAAGAAGUCGGCAGAAGAGGAAGAGGAGGACGAAGAGGAAGCAGCAGAUGGCCCUGCUCAUCAGAAGGGUUGCAUUUCGCUCAUCUCUGCGGAAGAUUCUGUGGCUUGGCUGCACACCCACUACGAGUACCACCCGGGCGGUCUGGUGCAACGAGAUGAGAUGAAAGACGCCUUUGCAGCCUACUGCGCCAGCCUUGGGCAGCGCCCUCGGCAGGCAGCUGCCUUGGGCAAGAUCAUCAAGGCCACGUUCAACGAGGUGAGUCACAGACGGCUGGGCAAGCGAGGCAGCAACAAGAUGUACUACCUCCACCUGCGAGCCAAGGGCGAGUCGCCAGAACAGGAGACCAGGCCCUACACGCGUCGGCGCCGGGGCGAGGCCGAUGACAUGAGCCACCUCGCUGGAGGCAAUGGCACGAGUGGGGGCAGGCGCAACAUGGUGGGCCUGGGGAGCCAGAAGCCGCGUGCGAAGCGAAAGCAGGUCGACGACGACGAGAUCGACAACAAGGACGAGGUGCUCCAGCUCAACCUCAACACCUCGAGCACGGCGAGGUGA